ACUAAAAUAACCCAACUCUAUCAAUCUCGUAGUUACACACAUAUAUCAUGACUUCGACUAUUAUCAACACGCACAUGUCAGCCAGCCCGCAAAGGCAGCCCAGACCGCGGCCAGUCCAGUCCAGUCGGGUCCUCCUUAGCCGUACGGUAGAUAGUUACCUGUAAAGUUUUCCUCCGGUCAGACUCCACAUCCGCCAUUCCACUCGCCAGCCGACCGGCCUUUGCGCCUCACCUGGAGGCCAAGCUGAGCCACCAGUAGUUACUUGUAGACAAACGGAAUCGUUACACAGAUCUACUCCCCUCCCUUUGCGUUGCCAUUCGUCUCCAUGAAAUGUCUUCGAUAGUCUCGCACACAACGAGUAACAAAUCCAACACUGCUACUGCUACCCCCCACACACACACAUGAAUUCAUGCAAACACCCGCUCGCACUUCGAGACAUCUCAUCCCUCAAACUCUUCACCUUUUGCACAACGCUUGCUGCAGCGCGCUCCGUACUCCCCCGUGCCUCCCCGUACACCUCUCAUGCGGACUAGACAAUUCGCUAGCCGUUUGCGCGCAAGGAGACACAGAAGAUCAACCCUAUCCCAUCCCCGGGGCACCGGCAAGACCGACCGGGUUGGUUUUAGUGCUGCAUGCGAAGCGUGUAACUAACUGUGCCAUACACCGCUGGGGAAAGCCUGCAUGAAGCUACGGGAUGCUGAUUGUCUUCCUUCCACCGUUUGUGCGUCUGUUUGUCGAUUUUUGCACUUGUAGGUUUGUAAAUGUGGAUGUAUGUGAGUAGAUAUGUGAGUAACUAUGCGCUACGACGUGAGGAUGAAGAUGCGCGGGUGCUGCAGUAGACGAUAGUAUAGGUAGGUAGUUGGUUAAGAAAAGUGUACUCCGUACGGAGGGCGAAACUCCACAUCGAACAGCGAAGCCCAUGAGGGCAAGUAGAAUACUCGGCAGGGGUACUCCACAUUCCACGUCUUCCCCGACAACUAACUGUGUAACUAACGAACCUACGAGUGCGACGACCGACCGGUCGGUGAGGCGCGUUGGUUCGAGUAGAGUCUUCUGCGAGUACGGUGUACUUACUCGGGUAAUUACUGCG